GAUCGGAUCUUGUUGUGCGAGUGCCAGAGCUCGGAGUGCGAGGCAGAGCUGGAGGUGACGCCGAGUCCGACGGAGAUCGUUGGACACCGCGUGUGGUACGCCCUCACCGAGAUCAAGCUUCACAAUGAUCGCAAUAUCAUGGCGGAUAGGCGGCUCUAUGCGCAGUUCAUCCUGGACCUGUAUACCUCCGGCCUCAUCAGAGUCGGGGCCAAGCGCAGUGCCACGGCCGACGUGGACAACGCCUUCUACAGGGUGAAGUUGCCUGACAAGAUGGCGGCUGGGGCGGACAUCGACCUGCCCGACGCCCGUUUCGGUUCGCCUCUCUUGCAAGUGUUGCCGAUGGGGUGGUCGUGGAGCCUCUACUUCUGCCAGAGGCUGCUGGAGACCACCGUGCUGCGGUCGGGGAUCGACACCGGGCCGCUCGUCAUGGACCGCCACGCUCCCCUGCAGGUCCGCACCUCUCCGACCCAGCCUGGCGUCUACGUCGACGACGUGUGCGUCGUCGGCGGCGACGGCGACCGCUGCGUGGCCGACUGCACUGAGGUCGUCAGCGAGCUGGAGCGGGUCGGCCUGAAGUGCAAGGGCUUCAUGGAGCUUGAGAACCUGCAGACCUUCACGGGCAUCACCUUCGAGAGGCGCAGCGGGCGCGCGGGCAUCAGCCCGGGUCGGAUGUGUAAGAUCCGACUUGCUUUGCUGUUCGUGGCGGACAGCCGUUCGGCCACGGGGGGCGAGAUCUUUAGCUUGCUCGGGCACUUCACUUGGGCCGCUCCCCUGAGGCGGCCACUUCUCAGUAUUUUUCAACAGGCCUACGUCUUCGCCCGCGUCGCUGGUCGCCGCCGCCUGCGGCUGUGGAGCCGCGUGGAGCUCGAGCUGCGGCAGGCGGCCGCUCUGCUGGUCUUCGCUUUCUCCGACUCCAAGAGGCCCAACAUCACCUUUGUCUACGCUUCGGACGCCUCCAGGGGCCAGACUAGUCUGGCUCAGGAGGCGGCUACGGCACGCGCUGGCUCCGCCAGCUUCGAGGGGGUCGCGAGGUCCUCGAUCGGUGACUUCAACGAUUGGGGUGUCCUUUUCCACGGCGAGUUUCAGCGCGACGAGGACGUCGCCGUUCUCGAGGGGCGAGCGGCUGUGAUGGCCGCACGGCACGCAGUGCGAGGGCGCAGCGGGCAUAGUCAUCGGCACCUCAUCUUGGUCGACAACCUCGGGCUUGCACUCGCGGUUGGAAAAGGGCGUUCCCCUUCCAUCACUCUCAAUCGCGUCUCGCUGCAGCUGCGCGCGAUAUCUAUUGUCACCGACACCGCCCUCAUCCUCAGAUGGAUUCCAUCAGAGUGGAACCCCGCCGACAAGCCCUCUAGGCUCAGGCUUCGCCAUACGUUGGACGCUCGUGCUGACCCCCGACAUGCUGCGUAUCUCGGAGGCCCGCCAGCCAGCUCCAGCGGGCUCCAGGCCCCCGGCCGGGAUGUUGACGCGCUCGUUCGGAGGCGCCACUGCCGUGGUGCCACGGCUUCGGGCACGGGGCCCGGCGACCCCAGCGGGCCUGGCGCGGCCGGGCUCGGGGACGCGCUGCACGACGACCCCUGCCCGUUCGGUGGCCUCGCGGGGCUCCUUGGCGGGCCCGGCGCCGGCGGCGCGGUCGCCGACGACUCCUCAUCUACGAGCCCGGACAGCGACAUCGACCAGCAGUGCGAGGCGAAGGCCCGCCGCUCAGCCCACCGCGGCGCAAACGAGCGAGCCCAGGCCGAGGGGCUCACGGUGCUGCAGAGCCUGAAGGCCGGCAACGCGCUCCGCGUGUACUUCGAGAAGGAGUAUCUGGACUUCCUGACCUGGGCCCGCUCGAGGGGGCUGUCGAUCCUCGGGCUGCCGUCGAUCGACUCGACCUUCUCCCAGUACAUCGAUUUCCUGUUCUGGGAGGGCCACAACCACCACAAGGGGGGCAAGGCCUUUGCGGCGCUGCAGCACUUCAACCCGGGCCUGGGCUCGACUGCGGCGGCUGCGCUGGAGAGGACCGCCGCCGGGCUGCGGGGCUUCCGCAAGCUGGCGCGGGGGUCGACGCGGGCCCCCAUGGCGAGGGAGCUGCUGUUCGCUGCCGUGGGCGUCGCUCUGCACCGAGGCUGGCGGAGCUUCGACAUCGCCCUAGCCCUCAGCUGGGACACGAUGGCCCGGCUUCCCAGCGAGAUCGUGCAGAUGACGCCCGCGACGCUGGUGGCGCCCGCGCCUCGCUCUGGCCGAGCUGUGUGGAGCCUCUUUCUCUUCCCAGAGGAGUUCAGCCAGGUCAGCAAGACUUUGGGCUGCGACGAGGGCGUCGCGCUGUCAGACUCGACGUCCGUAGCCCUCAGCGCAGACCUGGCCAGGAUGAAGCGAGGCCGCUCGGACGGCCAGCCGCUCUGGGACUUCGACGCGAGGGUCUUCAACGCCAAGUUCAGGGCGGUUUUCGACCAGCUGGGCCACCAGGACUGCCACCCGUUCCAGGCGCGCCACGGCAGAGCCUCGCACCGAGCCGCAGUCCUGGGCGAGAAGCUCGCGGACAUCCAGGCCAUGCUGAGGCACCAGUCGGACAACUCGACGGAAAGGUACGCCAGGCACGUCAGGUACUUCGCGGAGGUCGGGAAGCUCAGUCCCGAGGUGGCGCAGUCCGGGCGGGGCGUCGACGCCCGCCUGGGCGAUCUGCUGCGGGGCCGG